CCAAAGGUGAAAACUUUCGAGCGUCACAUCGUUUAUCGCUUCAUUUUUCUUAUAAUUUUUUCUGGGCUAAAUCUUGUUUUUUGGUGAGAAAAUUUCCGGGAUGGGCCACAACCGCCCGCCAUUAAAGCUUGCACCUAUAUUUGGAGGGCCUGUGGGCAGAGGCCCCAUUAACCUUCCUUACUCCUUUCUCUAAUUUGGUCGCUCUCCAUCACGAGAUGCACGUUCUGUGGAGCUCACCCUCUGGCCUUUAUGUCUCUUUCCCCUAUCUCAUUCAUUGCCGUAGUUAUGUGUAUUUAAUGCUUCAUAGCCUCUGUUUGCUUCAUUCAGUCCUUCAUCAGAUGGGUACUGCAAUGUGUAGCCUGUAUUGCUUUCACGGGGAAAUUUAUUAGGGAAUAACAAGGGAAUAGGACUUAAUAGGCUAUAAUGUCAUGGAACUGUAUUUCGUUCCCAUUCCAACGUAAUGAGGAUGGUUAACCGCACUUACCGAGAGAAAGCUCCAGUUACAUCCUUAUCUGCUUGUUAAUAAUGAGUGAUCGGUGUUUUACGCCUACUGGGGUGCUCUGUGGGGAGAAAAUGCGUGCCUAAGAGUUUUUGCCACUGUUAUCACCCUUGUUUAAUGGGAGGUGCUGUUGACAAGGUUCUUGAGUGUCUCAGACAACGGCAUUCAUUGUCAAUAACGACCUCUCACCACCCUUUUGCAGGAAAAUCAUUUCUUUGUAUUCCGGAAGACUCAGAAAAUUGUUCGGGAAAUCGGCUGGCGCUGUUGAUAACCUCAAAGUGAUAUUCCACGACUUUCCAGGGGGUUCGGAGAGCUUCGAGCUUGUUUCGAGGUUCUGCUACAGCAGUCGUCAGAUGGAGAUAACUCCAUACAACAUUUCCCUCCUACAUGCUGCAGCACAUUUUAUGGAGAUGACCAGUUCUGUCUCAGGAACAGAUACGAACUUAAUGGAGCUAACCCAGAAAUUGCUGGAUGAGAUCAGGUACUGGAUGUGGCCCGAGCUUCUGGUGGCCCUGAAGCAGUGCCAAGAGCUGCUUCCAGAAUCGAAUGUCUCAACUGUUAUUGAGAAAUGCUUGGACUCGCUCAUCAGACGGCUUGUCUUGGCCUCUGAGACCAGCCCCAGCCCAUCAAUUUCUUCAUCUAACAGUUCAGCAUGUCGCCUCUCGUGCGAUACGAAAAGCACUGAGAGCCUAAGGAAUGGAUUAUUCUCCCGGUCAACCUGGUGGUUUGAGGAUCUACUCUUUGUGAGUCCGAGCUUGCUUGAAAUGAUGAUCAGAUCAAUGAUCUCGCAUAAGCUCGAUCAUGUGAUCAUUAGCAAAUUCCUAUUCUAUUACCAAAAGUCUAAGCUCCCUGUAGCGUCUUCAUCCCUGGAGAAAGGCAAAAUCAUCGAGGCUGUGAUUGACGCGCUUUGUAUGCUUGAGCGAAGCUCUGUUUCGUGCAAGAGCUUGUUUGGGAUUCUGAGGGUUGCAUUGGGUUUGAACAUGAGCAGGGGCAGCAGGAAUAAGUUGGAGAGCAUGAUAGGUUCUCAGAUGGAUCAAGCAACUUUGGACAAUUUGCUGGUCCCAUCUCCCUACGGGACAAACUACUUAUAUGAUGUCAAUCUCGUUUUGAGAUUCAUUAAGGCGUUUCUUUGUUUUCGGGUGUCUAAGCAACUCAAGAAGGUCGGUGGCUUGUUGGAUCUGUAUAUAGCGGAAGUAGCACCUGAUCCUUGCUUGAAGCUGUCGAAAUUUAUUGCUCUUGUCUCAGCCCUUCCAGAUUCUGCCAGGGACUCGUAUGACGAAAUCUACCGCGCCAUGGACAUGUAUCUUGAGGUGCAUUCGGGAUUGUCAGAAGAGGAGAAGAUGAGGUUAUGCAGCGCCUUGAACUAUGACAAACUCUCACCCGAAUCCCACAAGCACCUGUCUCAGAACACGAAGUUCCCAUCUAAAACUGCCAUCCAGGCUUUGAGAACGAAGCAAUGCAAGCUCAAGAGCUUGCUACAAGCCUCCAAGGACCCUAAACUCCCGAACGGUGAAUCCCCUUGUGCGUUAAGCAAGGGCAAGGUAAAAGACGAGGAGGGUGAUCAGAUUGUGAUCUAUGCAGGGGAGCUGGAUCCGAUGGCUGACAACGAGCGGCUGAGAGCACACUUGCAGGGGAUGCAGUGGAGAGUUAUGGAGUUGGAGAAAGUCUGCUGGAAAAUGCAGACUCAGAUGACAAAGAUUCUCAAGGCGAAAACCCCGAGCCACAGUAGUGCCAGAUCCUUGCCAAAGCUCUGCUCAUGA